AUGUGGCGUCCAACUUUUACAAUUCUUCGAAAAGUGGUCUUUCCCCACUACAAGGAAACAUCCUCAUUUUCAAAAUUAUUUUAUUCCACCAAAAGCCGAUUUCCUCGUUCGACGGCAAAACUAACCCUUAUAAGUGCCAGUGUGGGUGUUUUAGUUGGGGCUGGAUAUGGCGGUUACACACAUUAUAAGAUAAAUGUUAAGAAGCCUACGCAAGCGACAGAAGUGGAGGAAUACGUCUUACUAAAAGAAGCCCCAAAAUAUCAAGCCCAGUAUAGAGUUGUUAACGAUUCCGAUAACAGUAAUUUGGAAUUGGUACUGUUCCAAUACCGCACUUGUCCAUUCUGCUGCAAGGUUCGGUCAUACCUCGAUGCUCGUGGUAUCAAUUAUGAAGUCGUUGAAGUCGAUGCUGUACUUAGACAGGCAAUCAGAUGGUCGAAUUACAAGAAAGUACCUAUUCUGCUAGCUAAAGUGGAAGGAGGAUAUCAACAAUUAUUAGACAGCACCGCUAUAAUAUCUAUGUUAGAAACAUAUUUGAGGGAUAAAUCUUAUCAAUUAAGUGACAUUGUGAAAUUCUAUCCCGCAACCCGUUUUGUUAAUGACUCCGGGAAGGUUGCAACUGAUAUAACAAAUAAAUAUUUUGUUAUGCACAAUGCUCCUGUGCUUGAUGAAAAGCAAAAAGCGGCGGAAGCCGAGGAACGCCAAUGGAGGCAGUGGGCUGAUCAGGUGUUGGUUCAUACAUUGUCACCUAAUGUGUAUAGAACUGUCGGAGAGGCUUUGGAGACAUUCAAGUGGUUUGAAGAAGUUGGUGGUUGGAAGCAAUCUUUCCCGGCCUGGGAGUGUGCAUUGAUGGUGUAUGUUGGUGCCGCAGCUAUGUGGAUUAUAUCAAAGAGAUUAAAGUCGAGACACAACAUUAAAGAUGAUGUUCGACAAUCACUGUAUGAUGCUGCUAACGAUUGGAUGAAAGCCGUCCAGAAAAAAGGCACUCCUUUCCUGGGUGGUAAUAAACCAAAUCUAGCUGAUAUAUCAGUUUUUGGAGUGCUAAGCAGUAUUGAAGGUUGUGGUGCCUUCGAAGAUCUAAAGACCAACACCAGUAUAGGAAAAUGGUUCCAAGAUAUGAAGAUGAACAUGAAAGAAACUAGUGGAAAACAUCUUGCCACUUAUGCUUAA